UCUGAACUCCAGAAUCUUGGGGAUAUCAGUGCCCACCAGCCAGGCCCCCACAGCUGUCACUAAAGGAAGAAAUUAUUAUGGAGAAAAAGCCCACCUUCCUCAUUCCCUCACCUUCCCCUCCACUAGUUCUGACCAACUAACAAGAGCACAGGAACCCUGGGAGUGGCAGCACUUCCUCCCUUUCUCCCUUUCCCCCACCACUUGCUUCAUGCUCAGACCUCUUAGCUGUCACUGAUGGAAGCAACUCCUCUGGAAAAGGAGGAAACCAUUCUACCAUUUUCCAAUGAAGGCACCCUGAGGGAGAAACAGGAAGCAGCAUGUGCCAGGCAAGUCAAACUACUACCACCACUUUGACUACCAUCUCAUUAGAGGUGCCGUGAAUGGAAAUGUUCCAGAACCCUGGACUGAAAAAAAUGAUAUUUUCAAUCCAGUAUCACCAGCCAUCAACCUGGGAAGCAAGUCUUAUUGAAGUUCAGCCAGUUAAAACAGAAAGCAAUAAAACAGGGAAAACAUCUGGAAAGUCCAGAAAACAGGUUCUAAAUCCUAGGACAACAAAGAUGACAGUUGAUCAGGACUGGAUGAGUGUUUAUCCUGCUGCAGCACCAUUUAAACCUUCAGCAGUGCCUCUUCCUAUUCGAAUGGGCUAUCCAGUGGAAAAAGGAGUACCCAUGGCCAAGGAUGGAAAUCUAGAACUAAUAAAGAUCCCCAAUUUCUUACAUUUGACUCCUGUAGCAAUUAAAAAGCAUUGUGGAGUUCUAAAAGAUUUCUGUACUGAAUGGCCAAAAGCACUGGACAGUGAUGAGAAAUGUGAGAAGCAUUUUCCCAUCGAAAUUGAGACAAGUAGUUAUGUGUCAGCAGGACCAUCUCUUUAUAAUCCCAAAGCAAGAACUGUGACAUUAAAGAUUAGACUUUCCAAACUGAAUUUAAAUGACCAUGCAAAGAAGAAAUUUAUUAGACUCGUUGGAGAGCGGUACUGCAAGAACACAGAUUUACUAACCAUCACUACAGACAGGUGCCCUUUACAGAGACAGAAUUAUGACUAUACCAUGUAUCUCUUAACAGUUUUAUACCAUGAAUCAUGGAAAACUGAAGACUGGGAGAAAAAGAAGACUGAAGCAGACAUGGAGGAAUAUAUAUGGGAGAAAAGCCGCUCAGAAAAAAAUAUCCUGAAGACUCUUCUCCAAAUUAAAGCUUCAGAAAAAACUGCUGAAGUCACACAGGAAGACCUUCUUUGUUCGGAGGAAGUUGAGAAUUAUAAAAAAUCUGUUGUUGCACUUAAAAAUGAAGGUGAUACUAAAAAUAACCUUUCUCAUUAUAAAGAAGCAGUAAAGAAGCUAUUGAAAUUGAUAUGACUGUGAUGUUUAGAGGCAGAACUCUUAGUCAUAAUUUGUUGUGAAAUAUUGGAUAGUUUGAUCUCUAUGAUGGAUGUGUACAAAAUUUUAAAUAAUAUAUUAGAAGCCACUCUUAUUCUAGAGUUAGAAUUACUUCAUACUUUUAAAGAUUUCAACACUUAUCUAAUUUUUAACAUCCUUUAAUUAAUAAUUAAAAGUGAAAUUGCUAUCCUUUAAUGUUAAUUGAUUUUUUUUUUCAUUAUAUCACACUGCAGAUUACAGUCCCUGUCCCUUAAUAUGAAGUAUGCUUGUUUUUGAUAUGUAUUUUUAAGACUGAAAGUGUUGCCUCUGUUAGUAUUGCUAAAAAGGAGAAAUGCUAAUUGCAUCUAAAAUUUCAAAUACAGUCAGCCCACAGGUAUUUAUUAAGUGCCAGGCACUGUGUUGGUAGCUAGAGAUACAAAUAAACUUUAUGAAGAUAUAUGAUUUAAUUUAAAAUCCCCUGAUAAAAUAUGAAAUUUAAAAUCCACUGGUAGGAAGAAGAUAGUAUUAAUUAGAGUCCAUAUUUUUUAAAUAUUUGAAUCGUUUCUUGCAAAUGCAAAAAAAAAAAAAAAAAAAAAAGAAGAAGAAGUAGAAUGAGAGAUUUGUUGAACCCAAUCCAGAUUUCAGGACUUAAAUAUUUCUGACAGAGGAAUAGAAAAGUUCCAAAAUAAUUGACUAUAAGUUUAACAUAAAAUGAAGAUUUAAGUUGGCAAGCUCCAGUUUAUGUAUAAUGACCCUGUAGUAUGACACUGUGCCAAAAGGAAAAGAAGAAAGCAGCACUAUAUUAUAUUCCAUUAACUUAUGUACCACUUGUAAGAUAGGAUAAUUUCUUGGCUUGGGUUAGGUUUCUAAGUAUAACUUAAGAAGUAUUGCAUUUCAAAAUUUGAAAGAAAAAUUGUGAAGUGGUAAAAAGAAGAAAUCAAACAUUUAAAAAUAAAGCAAAGUAUUGAAAACUGAUAGAUGAGUCUAGGGAUUGGUAGACUACUAAAUAAUUAGUGUAUGUAGUGGAAGCACACAUAAAGAAUUGAUUACUGAGGCAAUACUAAUUGAGGCUUAAUGAAAAAUUCUUUCAAGCUACAAAAAUCAUGCAAUGAUUAAGAUGAAGAUCAAGCAAUGCUCCAGGCUCUCGGUUGCAUUUGCUGGUAAGUUAAUUCAGAUUUAAAUGUGAAACUGUUAUCUUAGAACUUUGGCCCUUUAAAUAUUGUAAUUUUCAAAUUGAGAUCAGAUUGGAUUGAAUUUGGAGAAUUGUACAGUUCUUUCACUGAUCCUAAAUUACUCACUGUUACAAAAGUCAGUAUUGUGACCAGCAAAAUUUUCCUAAAUUUCUAUAGCUGUGGAUUAUGGAACUCCAUGAUGAUGAAACAAUCAAAAUUGUAAGUAAUGCAAGAAACUACAAAAAAAAAAAAAAUACACACACAAAUACACACACACACA